AUGAGUGACUGUCGUAUGUUCAAGAACCUUCCAAAGUCCAGGUUGCUCAAGCAAGCUGCUCGUUUGAACAUGAUUGCUGGUUCUGCUGAAAAUGCCUAUAAAUUUGGACCAAAAUUCACAAAGAUGGAAAUCUUUUUAAUAAACCAAACUCCACAGAAAGCAUCGAUUGGAUUAAAACAAGUUUGGAGACAACAUCUUCCUACCCUCAAGUUCCACAACGAAGCCUUUGAAUUUGUGCUCAAGAGAGUCAAUGUAGCAAACGCUGAAGAAGCUGAAAAGUGUCCUGCAAAGAUCAAUUUGUAUGAUGCUCUGAACAACAAGACUGAAUUAGAUUGUAGAUAUAAAUCAGAAAGUGAAAUCUUACAGGAAAUUCUCAAAGUGACAGGUGCAACUGCUGUGAAACCUGAAGAUAUCCCAAAGGUUGAAAUCAAGGACAAGAAUGAAUCCUUUACUUGGGCUUAA